AAUGAAAGAUGAUAAUGCAUGCGGAAGAACUUGAAACAUUAGCGGAGUCAACACUUGACAAAUUAGGACUUCAAGCUAUGAGCCACCAAGAAACGGACGUUGAUGCUCAUUUGUAUGAAAUAUCAGUUCCAACUUCUAGUAUCCAUUGUGAAGAGAACCCGGACAGUUCCAGGAUGCCAGGACAAGCCACUUCAAACUAUGGAUAUGGAUAUCCUACCCAAAACAAUUAUAAACCCAGGAUUUCUCAUGAUAGAAGUGAAAUCAGUUCUCAGAUCCGACAUGUUGGUCUUGGUGGAGUUAAUCCUUCUCCUCAACCUUCUAAAGGAAUUGUAAGAAACCAAUUAAACAUGGCUCAAUGCUCUAGCACGAUUCAGCAAUCUGAAGGGGUAGAGAAAUCUCCCAAAUCGUUCCAAGGAAAUAUUCGAAAAAGAGUUAGAUCGGGGAAAUUUCCUGGUUCAAAGAAAGGAUUGGCAAGUCUGAUUGGGAAAUAUUUCCCUCGGGGGUUGGGGAAAUCGGCAACUGUCACUAGUGGGAAAGUAACAAACUUCAAGCCAAGAUAUCCCCCUACAUCGGACCUUGGGAAAAGCGAAGUGUCAAAUUCUAAGCCUUUGGGAAAAAUGGAAGAAAACUGUUAUUUAAAACAUCAGAUUGGCAUAGAAGAAUAUAGGACGGAACAGUCGCAUGAAAGGCCUAUGGAACGGGCAAUGGAACAUUCAACAAAACAAUCAAUGGAACCCUCCUCUGGGAACUGUUAUAUCAGGGAACACAUAGCUGGGAACAUUGAUAGGAUCGUUAUCAGUGGGAACACGAAGUAUUUAGACUUAAACCUGCUACAGCCGAAAAUGAAUAAAAGACCUGGGAAAUCCCGCUCUAAUGUCGGGAAUACGACUCAAAGGUCAAAUGAGAAGCUACCUGAUGGUCCCCCUGUAGAACUUGAAAACCAGUUUAUUAUGAGACUGCCUGAUUCUGAGGCAGCCACUGCUCUCCGUAAAGCAAUAGAAUCUGGGGCCAGCAAUCUUAAGGAGAGAUUAUUUAUUCAACUAGAGCCAGAUAAGACGAGCAACAAUCAGUAUUUGAGAAAGGGCCGAGUUCAAUUUGAUGGAUGGAAUUUUACAAGCAGACUGGUUGAUCUGCCAACUAUAAUUGAGAGCCACAAAACCAUAGAUAACAAGACUCUUUAUAAAACAGCAGAUAUUUGCCAGCUUUUAAUUUGCAAGGAAGGUGACGAGUUUGAGAAAGAGGACGCAUCUCCUUCAAAAAAGAGACGAGAUCCAAAUAAGGUUGACAAAAAGUUCCUGUAUCCGCAUGGAAUUGGACCUCCGCUUAAAAACUGUAGAAAACGAAGGUUUAGAAAAACUUUAAAGAAAAAAUAUGUCGAGGCACCAGAAAUUGAGAAAGAGGUAAAACGUCUGUUAAGAACGGAUAAUGAAGCGCUAACUGUUAAUUGGGAAGUUAUUACGGAAAAUGAACUCAACGCCAACAAGGGAGGAGAGGCUGGUAAGGAUAACCCUGACGUCCAUCCUUCACAAUCUGGAGUGUUCACCAACGACCCCAAGGACCUCGGUCUUGACCUCUCGGAUUCCGAGGAUGAAACAAGGGACAUUGAUAUUGACAGUGAGGAUAAUUCAAGGCUCAGUGCGGGAGAUGACAGCAGAAUGUCGGAUAGUUUGGGUCCGGUCAAACAUAGUUCACCUGUUCAAGCACCUUUACAGUUUAGUAGAGUAACAUUUUAUUACAGAUAUAACAACUAG